AUGGCGGAGGUCACAAUGAAUGUACAAGAGAUUAUUGUUUCUGGUCACCAACAACAAUGGCUGAAUAUGAAGCGUGCAUCAUGGAAUGAAGCUCUUCUUGCUCAGGUCGAGUCGGAGGAAGAACCCUGGUUUACGGAUAUUCUGCGGUACAUGAAAGACGAAACUUUUUCUGAUGAUGCGAUAAAAGAAGAUUGUUCAGUCUUGAGAAAAAUGGCUCUGAAUUACGUCCUGGCUGAUGGCGAACUUUAUAGGAGAGCUUGGGACGGGAUGCUGCUAAGAUGCAUGGAAGGUGACUGCGUCAAUUAUGUACGUCAUUGUAAAGCCUGCCAAUACCAUGAUAAUAAAAGCCACUUGCCUGCUGUUGAACUCCAUCCAAUAGCUCCCUCUUGGCCUUUUUCUACAUGGGGUAUAGACAUCAUUGGCAAAAUCACGCCAACAGCAUCGAACGAUCAUCAGUAUAUAUUAGUUGCAGUGGACUACUUCUCUAGAUGGAUCGAGGCUCAAUCCUACAAAACUCUGACUGCAGAGCAUGUGGCUAGAUUAAUUGAACAGAACAUUUUCUGUCGCUAUGGUGUUCCCCAUCACAUAGUUACAGACAAUGGUUCUCAUUUUCAAGCAGAUGUUGAUGUCUCUGGGUCAGUUGCUAUACAGUAUAGAACUGGGCGAGAAAACUUCCUUUCGCGCUCUGGGGGCAUGCGCACUAUCCUCAAAUUAAGAUCAGUGAAUGGAGCUUCUCCUUUCGAGCUCGUAUAUGGGAUGGAGGCAGUGUUACCAGUAGAACUCGAAAAGAAGUCUCUCAGGGUUUUUGUGGAAGCUGUUGUGGAAGCUGGUCUGACCGAGGAAGAAUGGGUCAAGAAAAGGUAUGAGGAUCUAGCGCUUUUGGAUGGAAGAAGAUUGAACGCUCGAUUCCAAGAUCAGAUGAGAAAAAGAAGGAUUGCUCGUUUCUACAACAAAUGGGUACAUCCAAUGGCUCUAAAGAAUGGAGAUUUGGUAUUGAUCAGAUUGUUGGAUCAUGAAGCCCAGAAUCACCCUGGUGGGAAAUUCAAACCAAACUGGCAUAGACCAUUCAGAAUUCAGAAGCUAUUAGCUAAAGGUGCCGCUGAAUUAAUCACCAUGGAAGGGAAGCCUGUCAACCGGAUUGUCAAUCAGGAACAAAUGAAAAGAUUCUAUGUCUAA